UACGUAGUAAGAGAAUAGUUUAUGGCCAGGGUUCACAAAUAAUUCAGGACGUCCCUGGUUUCGAUCGAAUGAACGUUUUCCUCAGCGGUAGUAGCAAUCCCUGGGCAGAAUGCAACUGCGUGGUGAUACGGAGCGGUAGACCUAAUUCUCUAAACUUGGACUCACGUGCAAUUUCUGAACACGUGCGGGUCGAACGACCACGUGGGCCGCAUGUAUCGAAAAGCAAGGACCGCAUCGUCUGGUGAGUGUAUUUAGACAAACUGUGAUAUUUCUAUCAUCGACACUACAUCUUAACGAAGAAUGAAAUAUUAGUUUCGUAAAUAAAAAUCUAAUUAGAACAAUCACUGUUAGUUGACUGUUACAACCGAGUGGAAAUGCGAUAACCUUCCAGGACAAUGUUUUGAGAGAAAUAAAACGUAAGAUCGAAUAGAAUUCGUAUUUUCCACAGGAAAUUUAAUAUCACAGACGAUGAAUGUACACAGUUAAAACAUGUAAUGCUACAUAUCUGUCUAUAUACGCGGAAAAAUGUGAUAUAGUUUUCAAAUUUUUAAAAGUAUUUGUAGAUAAAAUUAAUAAAGAAUAUGUAUUGUUGAUUCAAAGAAUUAAGGGACAAAGACUGAUAGAAUAAGAGUAUAUAAGUAAGAAUUUUCUAACUGAUCAUUUCAAGGAAGGUACAGAGUGAUGGCUGAGGAAGAACCGCAAGUGAAAAAGUUAAAGCAAUCUAUCAUUUCUGAUUUUAUCUUUUCAUCCGACUUCCAACAAUUGUUUUUUGAAAAUUGGCACAACUGUACUGAUCAGAAGAUAGAAAACCUUGAAAUUAUAUCAAAACCAUUUAAAGUAUGCAGAAUAUCAAACUUUAUCUGCAGCGAAGAAUUUAUGGAUGAGAUAAAGAAUGAAUUGUUGGAUGUAAAAAGUAGAAGGAAUAGUAUGGACCUUUUUCAGUUUGAACAAACCAAGGACUUUGCUAAUGUAGACACAGAAUAUAUAAAGUUAUUAUAUCAGACUUUUGAAACAGAUCUAGCAACAUGGAUGGAACGGAAUACAAAAAUAGAGCUUAAUCAGACAAUAUCUAUGUCAAGUUCUUGCUAUUACGAUACAGAUUAUUUACUAUGUCAUGAUGACAAUAUGGGUGAUCGUAGAAUUGCUUUUAUAUUGUACCUUUCAAAAAAUUGGUCUGAGAAAGAUGGAGGAGCUCUGGACUUAUUUGACACAGAUAAAAAUGGAGUACCUAGAAAUGUUGUAAAAUCUUUAAUACCAGAAUAUAAUUCUCUUGUAUUUUUCGAAGUUGCAAAUAAUUCUUAUCAUCAAGUAGCUGAGGUAACUACACCUGAUAAGUCACGUUGGUCGAUCAACGGUUGGUUUCAUGGAGCAAUUAAAGGAGAUACUAGAUCACCAAGAUCAGACGUAGAAACCAAUUACAUAGAACCAGUAAAUGAUCGAGUAGUUAUGAAGGAUUGGGUAACAGAAUGUUAUUUAUUCCCUGGAAUAGUUAGAGAAGUUCACCACGACAUAGAACAACAAUCAUACACACUUUUAUCCCAUUUCUUGAGAGACGAUGUUUACGAGAAAAUUGUAACAGAUUUGUCAUCCGACGCUAUCGUUUGGAAAAAAGUUGGACCACCUGAUGUUUGUAAUUACGAAGUGGCAGACGAGGAAAGCCUUCCCGAAUUAUUAAAAAAUUUCUAUAAUAUGUUUAAAUCUAUCACGAUGUUCGAAUUGUUAAAAGAAUACACGGAAUUAGACCUAGUACCAGGAAAAGAAACUAUGAAUCCUAGGAUGGUAAUAGAGCUUCAGAGAUGGUCUGCAGGUUGUUAUACGUUAAUAUGCGACAAAUCAUAUUCAAGUGAUACUUCGAGUGAACAAAAGUCUAGCAGUAAUGAACAUUCAAGUCGAAACGAUGAAACGCAAGAAGAUUCGUUGGAAACUAGUAGCAGAGAGGGCCAAGAAAGGCCGAUACUAACUAAGGGCACGGAAUCAAGAUGUAAUACCCCAGUGAGCACCAAGGAGGAUGAAGAUAUUGACGAGGAUGAUAUUCUGAAGAAAAUGACUAAAAGGAAAUCUCCACGUUUGAGAAGGAAAAGUCUACCGCAGCAGAGCUUCUCAUCGGCAAUGGAAGACCCAUCGCCACCUAAAUUAGCUAGAAGUUUAGAUACUGAUGAUUCUGACGUCUCCGACAUUGGAGAUUAUUUGUCCGACCCUUUAGAUUGUUCUUUGGAAUCAGAUCGGGAAGAAGAUAUCGACGAUUCAAAUACUUCUGACGUAGGAGCUCUCGAUGUGAUAAUCCAAUUUAACACGAGUCAUAUAUCCGAGGAUCAUACCAUAGAUUACGUGGAUCCCAAAGAGCAAGAUGGCGUAUUAAUUCACGUCCCAACAAAGGACAACCAUCUAUGUCUUGUUUACAAAAGGUUAAUUACUAGUCGUGUUCACAAAUACGUGAAUCAUUACUGUACAGAUUAUUUUUACAACCUGAUUUGUACAUAUUAUGAAUAGUAAUUACACGUACGAUUAAUGUCGUCUCGUAUGUUCCUUGAUCAAGUUGGCAAUUGUAUAAUUGGCGGACAAAACACGUCUGUUUACAUGUACCAUAGUAUUCAUAUUAAUAAAAUUGUCAGUAUUUAUCAUCGAGCAA